AUGAAAAUACGCAUAACAAAUUUAGAUUAUAAUUUAUUCAAACCAAUUAAUUACUUUGAUGAUAACUUAUCUUCCUUUUCUGAUUUACCGCUUGCAAAUUCACCCAUUCUUCGCGUUUUUGGUAGACUAGAUACUGGCCAGAUGGCAUGCGCACACGUACAUGGCGUCUAUCCUUAUUUUUAUAUAGAAUACAAGCAUAGUGUUACACCUGAGAAAGUCCGAGAUUACAUACAUCAACUAGGAUUAUCAAUCAACCAAUCUUUAUCGCUGAGUUUACGACGUAAUAUGAAUGAUAAGCAAUCAACUACGCAGUUCCUUCGGGCUAUCGUGAUAUGUAAAGGCACACCUUUCUAUGGUUAUAACGUCGGUACGCGUCCAUUUCUCAAAAUUAUAAUGAACGAUCCCAAACACAUUCCGAGAUUAGUCCAGCUUAUGGAGUCCGGCCAACUAAUGAACACCACAUUUCAAGCAUACGAGUCUCACGCACCAUAUCUAUUGCAAUUUUUCACUGAUUACAACCUCUACGGUUGCGAUUGGAUGCAAGUGUCACAAGCCAAGUUUAGAUUACCUUUACCGGAUCCUCCUAUCACUGAUUGGGAUAAUGAAUCAGCGCAGGAUAGUACAGUGAAUUCUUUCUCAAUAAAUGAAGGAGACACACAUACUGUUCCAAGAGAUACGAACUGCCUCGUUGAGUUCGAUAUUCGUGCGUCGUGGAUUGAAAACAGGUAUCAAAUAGCGCCGCGGUACAUACAUAAUACGUCAAUCGAAGAACUGGUUCCUGAUGAUAAACUUCUUCCUUCGCUGAGGGAGCUCUGGGUCAAUGAGGAGAAGCGUCGUGAAGCUGCAGGUUUAGAGUCAUCAAUUAAAAUUCAAGGCAGCGUGAAAGGUGGACGCAACGAUUCUAAAACCUACCCACGUUGGGAUGCUUUGGAAGAAAUUCUAGAUUCAUUUCAUGAGAGGAUAAUUGAUCAGGACAAAGACGAUGAUUUCUUGUCUCACUUCACAGAAGAACAUAAACUCAUGACUAUCUUCGAAAGUACUGAAGCUCUGUAUCGUCCGUCUGAACGUCGAAAAGUACCGCAGAAUGAAGAUAGUAGUCUGUAUUUAGAUAUAAGUUCAUCACAACCUAAUAAAGAUAUUGAACCAAUUGUAAGUCAACAACUGGCAAGUCAGAAGACGGAAUUCAUGGAAAUGGACAUAGACGAUAUGGCUUAUGACAGUUUUGCUCAAAAUAACGUAUUUAAUGGAGUACCCAGGCGUGAUUUAGCAAUCAGGGAGAGUACGGUGUUGAGUGAGAAUCGAGAAUCGAUAAGACAACUUUCACUAAUGGACUCGAUGUUCAAAUCAUCUACCGACCCUCCUCUUAAGCGUGAACCCACGCUGGAAGUUAUUCCUGAUAGCCAAGAGAGUGAAGAACCGGAGAGGAAAAGAAGUCGAUCGGAUAGUAGCGAGUUACUCGCUUCACAAGAGUAUGAUGCCAUUUUGGCCAGUUUAUCACAGCGUGAGAUAAUGCCAGGUGUCACUAUCGGGAUGGUCCAGGAAAAGAUCGAGAAAGCAAGUCCUCAGAAGGAUGUUGUUUUAUCUGGGCAACUAACAACAAUCCCUCAUAGGUCUCAACCACAUGAAUCAGACUGCGGUGUAUUAUACGAAUACAAAAUCCCACCACCAACUACGGAUGAAGCGAUGCGAUCGUUCAGAGACAAUACCUUACCCUCAAAAGUCUAUCGCGAUCCUUACUACUCGGAGCCAACUGACGUUCCAGAGAGACCUAGGGAAUAUGCAGGGCGAGUGUUUGUCUUGAAAGGUGACGAGAUACCAAGCUGGGAUGCAAAAUAUGAUACAGUAUCCACACAGGGUAUCCGUCAUUUUGAGUACGCACCACUUCCUCCAUCAAAGAGAGACGUGAUUAGUGCAUAUGGAAGAGAAGCUGCUUCCACUCAACGCGCAAUACAUACACAGAUUGAGGGCCCACCUUCGAGACAAAAGUUUGGCUUGGAUGCUUCAACAGCUAGUGGGGAGAAGAAUCACAUACCCCGCGAACAUGAUAUUCAAACUCAAAUAACAAUGAUGAUCGUUGAAGUGUUUGCCAAGAAUAUCGGAAAUAAAGUUCCAAAUCCAGAGCAUAAUCCCGUCGAAGCCAUUUUUUGGGUCUUUCAGAGCUCGGAUGACGAGGUUGAAAGUGGUAUGGUCGUUGUCGAAGGCGAAACAAAGUACAAAUUAAACGAAACGAAUAUGGAGAUAGCUAUUAAUGAAGCUGAUUUGAUAUUCACAUUGAUUGAUAAAGUACAAGAGUUCGAUCCAGAUAUCCUAGCUGGAUGGGAUACAGAGUUAGGGUCUUGGGGAUAUCUAGUUGACAGAGCUCGAAUUGAGAUUGGAUUGGAACUCAGUGAGGAGACAUCAAGAGUUAAAUCACGUACAAUGAGGAACAUAACUGGUGGUCAAAAAUGGGCAGAGAUGAAAACGACUACAUUCACCUCACCUGGUAGACACGUCUUCAAUGUCUGGAGGUUGGCUAGAUCUGAAUUAAGCCUUCCGCAAACUACUUUUGAGCAUGUUUCACACAGCGUACUCAAAAAAAGGCUACCGAAAUACACAUCCGAGACGCUGACAAGGUGGUGGACUUCAGGAAAUGUAUCGUCUUACGCAAGAGUCUUAGAAUUGUUUUCAUUAAGAGUUAAGAUGAUCGGUGACAUUCUCAAUUCCAUGGAAACAAUCACAAAAACUGCAGAGUUUGCACGUACAAUUGGUGUGGAUUUCUACAGUGUAAUAACACGCGGAUCUCAGUUCAAAGUAGAAGCUCUGAUGUUCCGAAUAGCUAAACCUGAGAACUACGUUUUGAUAUCGCCUUCGAGGAAUCAAGUUAGUGGACAACAAGCAGCUGAAGCACUCCCCUUAGUAAUGGAGCCUCAAUCCGCAUUCUACAAGGAUCCAAUUAUAGUUCUUGACUUCCAAUCUCUAUACCCGUCUAUCAUGCUUGCUUACAAUUAUUGUUAUUCUACAUGCCUCGGUCGAGUCAAACCAUAUGAAGGGCAUUACAAAUUGGGUAUUACGGAACACACUACAUCAUCCAAAGUGCUGGAUUCACUAAAGGAUGAUAUUAAUUUCGCACCGAAUGGGAUGAUGUAUGUUAAACCACACGUCCGCAAGUCUUUAUUAUCGAAGAUGCUUGCUGAGCUGCUUGACACUCGCAUUAUGAUAAAGCAAUCCAUGCAAGAAAACAGAGAAGACAAGUAUCUCAGAAAACUCCAACAUGCCAGACAACUAUCCUUGAAACUCAUGGCUAAUGUUACAUACGGAUAUACAUCUGCCAGCUUCAGUGGUAGAAUGCCUUGCGUUGAGCUUGCCGAUUCAAUCGUCCAAACAGGACGUGAAACUCUCGAAAGGGCUAUCAGAUUUAUAGACAAUAACAAGGAAUGGGGCGCUGAUGUUGUCUAUGGCGAUACAGACUCACUGUUCGUUCGUCUCAAAGGCAAAACUCAGCAAGAAGCUUUCGAAACUGGCGCAGAUAUUGCUGAAGCAGUUACGAAAUCUAAUCCUCAUCCUGUCAAACUAAAAUUGGAAAAGAUGUAUUUACCGUCGGUGUUACUGGCGAAGAAACGCUAUACGGGAAACAUGUUCGAACGCGUCACAGAUGAAGUUGGUAUAUUUGAAGCGAAAGGAAUUGAGACCGUUCGUAGGGAUGGUAUUCCUGCACAAUCUAAAAUGGUCGAGACGGCAUUGAAAGUGUUGUACAAAACUUCAGACUUGUCACAAGUAAAGAGCUACUGCGUGAAGCAAUUUAACAAGGUGAUCCAAGGUAGAGUUUCGAUUAAGGACUUUACAUUCGCCAAAGAAGUCCGGUUGGGUAGUUAUGCACCUCACGCUGUACCAAUACCCGGUGUAAUGGUCGCAACAAAGUCUUUGACAGAUGAUCCACGUGCCACAGCACAUUAUGGAGAACGAGUACCUUAUGUAAUCACCGAAGGCAACUCUGAUCGACAAGUAGAUCGAGCUGUAAAACCAGAAGAGAUGCUUUCAAAUAGCAAUCUUCACUUGGAUGCCAAGUAUUACAUAGAGAAAGUGUUAAUUCCACCCCUUGAGAGAAUAUUCAACUUGAUGGGCGCAGAUGUUCACUCGUGGUAUGCGACGAUGUCAAGAAAAUUCAAGCCCGAGGCCAGGAAGCCAUUCGCAAUUACGCGUAAAGGAGGUGUUAUCGGUAAUUACGUUCGGAGUGGAACAUGUGAAACAUGUGGUGAAAUCUCAAAAGAGCCAGUCUGUACAGAUUGUCUUGGGGACUCUAACGUUAGUGACACAAUGUAUAAGUUGCUAAGUAAGAAGUACAGAACUACCUUAAAGAUGAGGGAUAUUCAGACUAUUUGCUCAUCAUGUGCUCAUGUUCAUCCUUCUCAAGAUGUUCCUUGCGUUAACCUUGAUUGUGAGGUUCUUUACAAGCGUUCACAGAAUCAAUGCGAUAUUGAUGAAUUAGAAGGACUCGAUGAGUUAUUGUCAAACUUUGAUCACAAGUUGGUUUGGUGAUCCAUAAAGAAGUGUUAUUUAUUUUUGCAUCUAUCAUACUUGUACUAUAAUUGCAUUAUAACGUUUAAUGAAU